CCUUGAAACCAAAGCGUUCAUCCACCCUGUCUUUUUCCUUUCUGUUCCUCGCACAUGAUUCGGACAUCACUCCAACCGCACCUGUUGCACUUUUUCUUUCUCUCCCACCAAAUCUCAACGCCGAUCCCCUUCUUCCUCUCUCUUUCUUCUUACCAAUUAUUAAUCACCAAAUUAUAAUUAUUAUAUAUCAGUAAUUAUUAUCAUCAUAAUUUGAUCGAUCGCCUUCGUCUUCUGCAGUUCGUCUGUUUCUUUGAUAUGAAGCAGUCGCUGCAUCACCAGAAUCAGGCCAGUCGCCGCGCCGGCGGCGUAAGUGCGGCCGGCGAGGUCGCGCUGCGCUCCCCGACCGCCUUAUUUUGGAUCGUACUCCACGCUGUUUGUUGCCUCGUUAGCCUCGCCCUCGGUUUCCGCUUCUCCCGCGUCGUCUUCUUCCUCUUCUUCUCCUCCUCCACUUCCCUCUUCACUUCCGCCCCGUUGCUCCACACCGUCACCACCACGACAACCACAAAUAUCACCACUACCACUACCACGACCACGACCACCACGAGGACGUUAGCUUUCUCUUUUCCCCCUCCUCCGCUUCCUCCGGCGGCGGAGAACAGGACUCGUAGCCGGGUCGUUGUGGGGCGCCAGGGGAUACGCAUCCGGCCGUGGCCGCACCCGGACCCGGCGGAAACGAUGCGCGCGCACUCGAUCAUUGAGCGAGUGCAGCGGGAGCAGCGUCUGCCUUACGGCGCCGUGAAGACCCCGAGGCCACUCAUCGUCGUCACGCCGACGUACGUCCGCACCUUUCAGGCGCUACAUCUCACCGGCCUUAUCCAUUCCCUCCUCCUCGUGCCGUAUCCUCUGACCUGGAUCGUCGUCGAGGCCGCCGCCCCCGCCGCGGAGCCACUCUCCGGUGAAACCACCGCGCUCCUCGCACGCUCCGGCCUCCGCUACCUCCACAUCCCCUUUCCCGAGCCAAUGCCCGACUGCUGGCCCGACCGCCGCCUCACCGAGGCUCGCAUGCGCCUUCGCGCCCUCAGAAUGAUAAGAGAAAAAAGAAUGGACGGCGUCGUGGUGUUCGCCGACGACAGCAAUGUGCACAGCACGGAGCUGUUCGAGGAAGCCCAGAAGGUGAAUUGGAUUGGCGCUGUCUCCGUCGGAAUCCUCGCCGACACCGAGCAACCCUCAUCGCCGAUCAAGGCGGAAAAAACGAACUCCCCUGUGCCCACCCAAGGCCCCGCAUGCAACUCCUCCGGUGACUUUAUCGGCUGGCGCACCUUCAACUCCCUCACGUCGCCGGAGCAAAUCGAGUGGGCGGGGUUCCUGCUGAAUUCGAGACUGGUGUGGAGGGAGGCAAAGGGGAAACCCGAGUGGGCAAGGGACCUCGACGCCGCGAGCAAGGAGGGCGAUGAGAUGGAGAACCCACUGGCGCUGUUGAAGGACAUAUCGCCGGUGGAGCCGCUGGGGAACUGCGGGAAGAAGGUCCUGCUAUGGUGGCUCCGCGCAGAAGCCGGCACCGGCAGCAAAUUCCCACCAGGGUGGAUCAUAGAUCCUCCCAGAGGUGCUCGCCAAGAUGAUUGAAUCCAGUAACAAUUCCUGCACUCUGGAUCACGAAGAUCGAAGAUCUGCUACUGAUGCAGAGGAAUUCUGUAAAGGCUCGCUCUAUCUUUAGGAUUGGAAUUGUUCAUAAGAAGCUGGAAUUUCAUAAAAUAUGUUUCGCAAAAUGCUCGAGAAUGCCAUUGGUUUGUUGAGUUUCCAUGGCAUGUGAUAACGAACAUGGGUCAGCUGAGAUUUCAUUGUUCUUUCUCUGUAGAACAUGUAAUUCAGAGCUUUUGAGUGAGCCCCGAGGCCUGUUAUAGGCACUGAAUGAGAUAUGUCGGAUCUUUUAAGAUAUCUACUUAUUGUGCAUGAUUUUGCAA